CCAAUCCUCCAUGCUUCAUGCGAUGCGACGCCUGGUGUGCAUCGAUCAGCUUUGUGCAUCGUAAACCAGCAUUGACCAGCAUGUCGUUGUUGUGAUUUCUGACAAAAUUGUGUCUUGAAAACGCGACUCGUGCUUCUGUUCUUCGAAUAUAUCUGAUAAGUUGUGCUACGAUGGAGCCGUCAUUUCCUCGAGGAGGAAAAGAAAAGUUGUUAGCAGCAGCUGAAUCUGAAAAGUCUCAAAAACGGAAACAAAACGAUGAUUUGUUUGGGAAAGCUGCUGAGAAGAAAGGCAAGAAAAAGUCGAAAUCUGAACAGUCUGGAAAGAAAAAGGCAAAGGGAAGCGAAAUUGAUUUGAGCGCUAAACUGAACACCGUUGACUGCCUCACAUACAAAGUUUUAAGCGAGGGUAUGCUUGUACUAGGAUGCGUUCGAGAAGUCCACAGUUAUUACUUGAAUAUCAGUCUCCCUGGACAAACAUUAGGCCGUGUUCCAAUUUCUGCGAUUUCAAGACAGUACACGGAAGCUCUCAACGAAUCAGACGAUGUACCAUCCCUGGAGGCGUUGUUUUAUGUUGGUCAACACGUCGUGACCAAAGUGACCGCUAUUGCGAUGGAAGGAAACUACUACCAAGUCACUCUGUCUCUCUGCCCAGAUGAUGUCAAUUCAGAAGUUACCCAGUCUGCUGUUAAAGAGGGAAUGGUCCUCACUGGAGCCCUUAGCAGCAUUGAAGACCACGGUUACCUGAUCGAUUUUGGAGUUGCCAAUGUGCGCGCUUUCAUGAAAAAUAACCAGGCUGAGGCGUACAAAGUAGCACACAAGUUUAAUAAACUAGCUGUUGGUCAACUGAUUCGCUGUCUCAUAACAAAGGCAACCAGUUCAACUGUCCAGGUUACUGCUGACCCAGCUAAGGUGAAUGCAGCUUUGAUUCCACCAUCAGCUGGAAUCAAUCCUCACCUUGUUAUCCCUGGAAUGAAAUUUGAAGUGACUUCUGUGGAGCAAAUAGCAAAUGGUGCGCUCAUCAAGUGGCUGAAGUAUGAUGGUUACGUUCGACAAGAGCACUUUCCCAACCCGAGCAAAACAUUUGAAAGCCAAUUCGCCAAAAUGAAGAUAAUCACAGCCACUGUUUUGUAUUCUGUGCCGUUGGUGAGGACAGUCUACCUGACAAUGCAGGAACCGACGCCAUUCGCUCUGGAGAACAGGGACGCCAAUUUAGGUGUCAAUGGGGUUCCCUCAAAUUGUAACAUAGCUUUGGGAGAAGUGAUUGACAAUGCAGAAGUUGUGGCCUGCUCAUUCCGAGGUCUCUUGCUAAAGCUGAAGAAGAGCGAAUUCAGAGGAAUGGUCAGUUUGAGCCAAAUGCCUUCUCUGCAGGAAGAGGAAACUCUGAAAAAAAUGUACCCUCCCAAAUCACAUGUGCAGUGUAGAGUGCUCAAAUACGAUGUGAUGGAGAAAUUGUUCAUUUGCACCAUGAAAAAGGAUAAAAUCAACGAAAAAAUUCUCUCGUUGAGUGACGUGAAACCAGGUUCCAUCAUCCAAUGCCUGAUUGUGGACGUGCGUAAGAAGGAACUGUUCCUGGAAGAUAACAAGCACCCUGACUUGAAGGCUAGGGCUCCUUCAAUCCACCUCUCCGAUUCUCAAAUCUCUGAUAUCUCCAAACGGUUUGCCACUGGGCAGCGUGUUAAAGGAAGGGCCCUGGGUGUUGACACAGCAAAAAAUGUGCUUCUUGUCACCUUGAAACCUUCCCUCGUAAACUCAACAAAGCCAAUUCUGAGCUCCUACACCAACAUCCCUAUGGAUACUUUCUUUGAAGGAGUUGUUUACUUCAUCAGUAGCAAAUUCUAUUUGGUGUCCUUUUAUAAUGGAGUUACAGGAAAACUGAGCGUUGAUGACAUCCCAUCUGACCUCAAUAGGAAGUUUACUCUUGGACAGACAGUCAAUGUUCGAGUGGAUAAAGUGUUUCCAGACGAGAAACUGAAGCUAAGCAUGGAAAGCUACAAAGAACACACUUCUAUGACAUUUGAAGUGGGACGAGAAUACAGUGCCACAGUUGACACUGUCCUUGGCACAGAUAUCAAGCUGAGGAUUGCCGGAAAUGACACAGAAGGCUUUGGAAUCGUGCCAAAAAUUUUGGUUUCCACCCACGCCUCUGUUGCUGAUUUUCUGAUGAAGUCUCUCUCACCUGGAGACAAGGUCAAGGCCACUUGCUUGUUCAACUCGCAAGCAAAGAAUAUCUUUUCCAUUGACCAAGAGUUGAGUAGAACGCUCAAAUCGUGUCUGGAUGAGGAGCUAAAAGUGCACUCUUUAGUGCCAGGUCUAGUGAAGUCCGUUGGUAAGUCUGGCGUGGUCAUCAGGACGCUGUCCAAAACCAACGAGGGCAAAGUUGUGUUCGCCUUUCAAAGAGCAUUGGCUGACGACCCAAUUGAAAACAAGAAAGAAGUUUUCACAGAAGGGCAAGCCAUCUUGGUCAGGGUGGAAAACGUAGCAUCUGAAAUCAGAGAGCAUAAGUUAGCUGCCCAAGCCACAGGAAGUACGAAACUGAUGGAUGUCUGCCCAUAUGGAGUUGACAUGGGUGGCCUAAGUUUUGCUGAUAACUACGUUCAAAUAUGCGGCCAAAUCCACCAGAAACUGAAGAAGAAUAAGCACCCUCUUGCGUCCUAUGAACCUGGCCAGAUGGUAAACGCCAAGAUCAAAUCAAUCAAUGCUGGUUGUGCUGAAGUGAAACUGGAUGGUGGCGUCAUAGGCUUCAUCAGCAACUAUCACUCACAUGGCACUGCGUUAGAAGUGAAUCAGGACGUACAUGCUAUUGUGAUAUGGGUUGACCUAGGCUCUCAGCGUGUACAUUUGUCCAUUCGACCAGACAUCUUGAAGCAAAUUCACAAGGAUCAAGCAUCCUGUCCGAAGCCAAAACUGGAGUCUACUCAACGCGGCGAAGUUAUUUUCAGCACCAAUGAGGUCGCUGUGGUUGUCCUCAAGGGACAGUGCAAAGGACUGAUUGCUUGCGCUCCUGUCAAGAAGCACAUAAACGACCUGACUCCUAUCCACAACUAUGUCCUGGGCACUACAUGCAAAUUUGUUUUUAAGAGCUUGGACCGUAUGAUACCUGUUUGCGUGAACAAGCGUGAUCUGCCCAACAAGGGCAAAAAGCAAAAAGCUGUACCUGGAAGCCUUGAGUGGAAGGUGCAAAAGAUGGAAGCUAAGAAACGAGCCCAGAUUGAAAUCAAGAAGGAGGUUGACAGUGAUAUGGAGGUUGAGGUAAAACGGCUUAAGGUGGACACUGAUGUCAAGCUGGAGGAAGACGUCAAAGAGGAGCGGCUGAUUUUAGACGCCCCUGACGAAGAUGAAAUCACCGAGGUGCCCAAGGAGGAAAUCCAAGUUGAGAAGAAAAAAACCAAAAAGAAGGGAGAACCCCAAACUUUGCAGGUUGAAGGUUUCGUGUGGGACCCAGUCGCGGCCAAACCAGAAGAAGAAGAAGAAUCUUCAAGUGACGAGAGCGACCAGGAAGAGGUCCCCAAAAAGAAGCUGACUUUGGCUGAGAGAAGAGCACAAGCUAGGAAAGAGGAGGAGAAAUUGGUCAUAGCUGAGCAGAAACUGAUGGACGAAGACCAGUCUCCUCAGAGCGUGGACGAGUUUGAUCGUUUGCUCAUGGCGUCCCCAGACAGCUCAAUUGUGUGGGUGCAGUACAUGGCUUUCCAUCUACAGGCGACCGAGAUAGAGAAGGCACGAGCUGUGGCGCGGAAAGCUAUCAAUACCAUUUCGUUCCGUGAGGAGCAAGAGAAGCUCAAUGUGUGGGUUGCUCUGCUCAACUUGGAGAACAUGUACGGCACACCAGAGACCUUGGAGAAAACUCUUCAAGAGGCAGUACAGCUGAAUGACGCCCAAAAGGUGUACACGCAAAUGCUGAAAAUAUUUUCAGACACAAACAAAAUUGAGGAGGGAAAUUCUCUCUUUGACACUAUGCUGCGCAAGUUCCGUGCUGACAAAGACACCUGGAUUCAGGGUGGCACCUUUUACUACAAAACCAAUCAGUUCGAGAAGGGGAGACACCUUUUGCAGAGAGCGCUUCGUAGUCUGGAAAAUCGAGACCAUGUGGAUGUUAUAUGCAGAUUUGCUCAUCUCGAAAACAAGCAUGGCUCUCCAGAGAGAUGUCAGACUUUGUUUGAACAUAUUCUAACCACUUUCCCUAAACGGACUGACGUUUGGAGCUCUUAUGUGGAUCUUAUGGUUAAAUCUGGAAAUACAGACGCUGCCCGGAGCAUAAUGGAAAGGGCUAUAACGCAGAAGCUACCUGUCAGGAAAAUGAAGGUUAUAUUCAAGAAGUACCUAGAAUUUGCCCAGCAGCAUGGCAGCGAAGAGGAAGUUGCAGCAGUAAAAGAAAAAGCUCAGCAGUUUGUGCUGUCUGUCGCUUCUAGUUUGCCUUUAGGAGAAGAUUCUGAUUGAAUCGUCAUAAUAAAACUAACUUCUUAAAUUAA